AAAUGCGUGUGAACACUAUUCUUCAGAAGAGGCAUCGUGCUGAUCGUCGCCGUGCUGACCAACAGUCUGGUCCUGAUCUGCCUGAUUGCGUCUCAGAUGGUGACGUCGGGCAUGUCCGCCAUGGGCGGGAUGGGCGGCUUCGACAUCAACUCCAACUUCAACAUGGAGGGCACCGAGAUACAGAAGGCGCGCGAGCUGGACAUUCAGUACAGCCAGAUGAGGGCGCCGGGCAUGUACGGGGGCAUCCCCUUCACCCUGAUCCUCGGGGUCCUCUCGCUGCUGUUCGCGGUCGCCGGGAACAAGCCGCCCCACCUGAUGUCCCGGAAGCUUCUGUACGGAGCGCUGGUGUUCCAGGCGGUGGGCGCCGUGGUGCUCGUGGUGGCCGUGGGACUUUACCUGCACUUCAUCAUCACCGUCAACUCCACCGACGUGUGUAAGCAGCGCGAGAGGCUGUACGCCCGGAACGGCUACACCUGGAUGAACUGUAGCGUGAGCGGGGCGGAUGCGGCCGUGGCUCUGUUCGGGAUCAUCACGGCCAUCCUGUACGCCGUCGGCACAGCGCUCACCUUCCAGACCAUCCGGGGAGUGAGGCGCUACCUGGAGGAGGGAAAGCGCAGAGAGGCGGAAAAACAGAAGGCCCGAGCAGACGCCCAGAGAUCCCCGCUGAGGGCUGAAACCAUCUUUGUGUGAGAGGCCAGAACAGAGGCCUGAUCUGGGGUGGGUCUGGAUCCCAGAUCCCAGAUACGGUUCGCAGGGUUCCCCCGUCUUAGUCGACUAAUCAGUCGUUCUAGGUUUUAGUCAUUU